GAGAGAGAGAGAGAGAGAGAGAGAGUGAGUGAGAGUGAGAGCAUAUGGAUCCAGACGGCGUGGGUCCCAGUUGGGACACCCCCCCGAGCUCCCCGGUGCCUGCCGAGGACCUCGUGGACUGGCUGUGCAGCCUGCACCUGCCCCAGUACGCGGCGCUCUUCGCCAUGGCGGGCCUGCGGAGCCUGGCCGAGCUGCGGGGCCUGACGGCCGAGAGGCUCCAGGCGGUGGCCGACUUCCCCACGGGACACCGCCGGCGCAUGCUGUGCAGCCUGGAGGCCCUCGGGCUGGACAAGCCCCCGGAGGAGAGGGCAGGAGCCGGGGGAGUGGUGGAGGCAGAGGCCGCGUCGCGGGCGCUGGCGGACACUGCCGGGCACUCGUCUUUGGGUCCUUCGAGGCGGAGGCCCGUGCCCGUGCCCAGGACGCGGCACGUCUUCCUGAAGAACCGCAAGCGAGGCGCCUCUUGCCACACCCUGCAGGCCGCACCGCCAGGGACGAUGACUGCAGCGAUGAACACAGGCAGCAGCAUGACACUCCCGGGCAGGUCGCGGGCGUGUCCGGGGGACGUACUCCAAGAGCCCAGCCCACCCGGCACCUUCUCCAACUCCUCCUCAUCGUCUCUGACGGUACCCCGGUCAAUGCCAGGUACCCGCUCCAUCUCUCCCAGCUCCGUCUCUGGUUCCACCCACAGUACCAGCAGCAGCGAAUCGCUCUCGUUCUCCUCCAACUCGCUGCCCUCUGAUUUGGAGAAUGUCCUGGAGCAACCCACCCCUUCCUCUGCGAUAUCCACCUCUUCUUCUCCAGACUCCGCCCCUUCAUCCUUAUUGGACAUUCCCCCAUCCUCACAGCUGGACUUUCUGACCCCAUUGGACAACGUUCAGGGGGACUUCCUCAUGGUGGACAAUGACAUCUAUGAGAUGGAGCCCAUGCCGCAGCCUCCCUCGGUGCCCUUGGGCCAACGGAACACUCGCUCCUACAGGCUACGGCACAGACCCGUCCCUAAGCUUCCAGAGCAGGACCGUACUCCCAAAUAUCCCUGGAAUGUGAGUGCUAAAUCUACAGACCCAUCGCCUAGUCAGACUCCCAGUGGGAACAACAGCCAGCAGAAAGCUCCUCUGGAAAGGAAGGUUUCAGUCAUCUCUCCCUAUGGUGAGGUUUAUCUGUACAACAACCCUGGGGACAAAGAGGACGGAGGCGCCAAAGAGCAGGUUGUGACGGAGAUCAAGGAGAAGUUGAAGCAGAAGAGGCAUCGUAAGAAGCAGCCUAAGCAGAAUGAGCAGCGACCGGGCAGCAAAGACCAGCAGGUGGCACCCGACCCAGUCCCCGUGGCCGUUGAGGGUGUUGAUGACCGUAACCGUGCUGAGGAGGAGGAAGACGCCGACUACUCCACUGUCCAGGGCUUCCUGGAGCCUCCGCGGCUGGCCGGCCAGAGCGGUCAGCGCUCCCCCAGGUCGCCGUCCCCUGCCAACCUCUCCACGCCUGCGCCAUCUCAGGGUCAGCCCCCUGGGGCUGAGGUGGCGGCGAUAUCGUCGGUGCCGGUGUCUUCGGCUGUGCCGCCCGUACGUGCGGACGAGAACGACGUCUACACGGAGCCGCUGGACGCGCUGCCGGGGCCGGCUAGAGUGGAGCUGCCCGAGGACGUUGAGUCAGCCAUCUCUCCCUAUGCCUGCUUCUAUGGAGGGCCCAGGGCUGCCCUUAAGACCGGUUGGCUGGACAAGCUCUCCCCUCAAGGAAACCGUGUCUUUCAGAAGAGAUGGGUGAAGUUUGAUGGAGAAAACCUCACAUACUACAACAAUGACAAGGGGACAGACAGGAGUGGCUGGCCGUGCUGCAGGAGGCCCUGGACUCCCUGUCCCUGUGUCCCCCAGCGCCCCCCGCAGGGAGCGGCCAGCCGCUGCGGCCCCCUGGAGCUGAGGGGCCACAAGGGCCGCGUCUACGUCUGCCUGCUGGGCACCCGCGUGCGCCUCUGCAAAACCGAGCAGGACUUCAGUGCUGGUUUGGCAAUCGCUGUAGUGGAGCUGACCUCAGCCUGUGUGAAGCACGUCGAGAGGAGAGGAUUUGAAAUCAACACUCCAUUCAAGACCUUCUGCUUCACGGCAGAGUCGGAGCGUGAGCGGGACGAGUGGGUGGAGGCGGUGCAGGAGUGCAUCGUGGAGACGCUCUCCGACUACGAGGUGGCCGAGAAGAUCUGGUACAACGAGGCCAACCGCAACUGUGCCGACUGCUGUGCCCCCAACCCAGAGUGGGCCUCUAUCAACCUGGUGGUGGUCAUCUGCAAGAAAUGCGCCGCGCAGCACCGGUUCCUGGGUCCCAGCAUCUCUCAGGUACGAAGCCUGAAGCUGGACAGCAGCAUCUGGAGCAACGAGCUGGUGGAGCUCUUUCUGGAGGUGGGGAACAAGAACGCCAACAGUUUCUGGGCGGCCACUCUGAGCCCCGAGGACGAGCUCCACAUGGGCGCGUCGGCCGAGCAGCGGGCCACCUUCCACCGCAGGAAGUACCGCCAGAGGAUGUACCGGCACGCACUGGAGGGCCUCAGCAGCCAGGACGACCUCAACAAGGCCCUGUGUGCAGCAGUGGUGCUGCCGGACGUGCUGCGGACCAUGGCGCUGGUGUUCAGCGGGGCGGACGUCAUGUGUGCCACGGGCGACCCUGGCCACUCCACACCCUACCUGCUGGCCCAGAAGGCCGCCCAGCGACUGCAGAUGGAGUUCCUCUACCACAACAAGCUCUCAGACUUCCCCAAGCUGGAGCAGGUGUGUGAGGGGAGUUGUCCGGCUGACAUCCCCUCCUUCAUGGAUGGCUUCCUCUACUGCUCCAUCACCAGCGCCUCCAAGGCCACGCUGGACCGGAGGGGCAGGGAAGACAUGGUCCGCCGCUGGUGCACGCUGGAGGGCGGCUUCCUCAGCUACUAUGAAAGCGAGAAGAUCGCCACGGCAACGGGCAGGGUCGAGAUCAGUGAGAUGACCAGCUUGGCAAUCAACCGCCACGAGACCAUGACUGGAUCUGGGGCGGUGUUUACAUUUGAGAUGUACCUGCCAACUGAGAAAGUGCUGGUGCUUGGAGCUGAGACAGCCGAGACACACAAGGACUGGGCCUGCGCUGUCUCCAAGUGUUUCUUGCCAGUGGAGGCCGAGUCCAUCCUGAGGCGGGAUUGCGAGCUGAUUGGUCGGCUGUACUAUAAGGAAGGUCACGACCUUUACCACUGGCGGGUAGGCUGGUUCGGCCUGGAAGGCUCUGAUCUGUACUUCUGCUCUCUGGAGGGAGAGGCCGAGGAGGGCGUGCUGCAGCUCAAACGCCUGCAGGAAAUCACGGUGUCUACACAUGUCGAAGGUGAAGAAAAGAUCCAGGUGUUGCUGAUGGUGGAAAGUGGAAGGACGGUGUACAUCCACGGCCACUCCCGUCUGAACUUCACCCUCUGGCACGCGGCCAUCCAGCAGGCGGCCGGCACAGACGGCCGGGCGCUAGGCAACCAGCAGCUCAGCAAGAACGACAUCCCCAUUGUAGUGGACAGCUGUAUCGCUUUCGUCACUCAGUAUGGCCUGUGCCAUGAGGGCAUCUACCAGAAGAGCGGUGACGCGACGCGGGUGUCCCAGCUGCUGGAUGACUUCCGUCGAGACGCCCGCAACGUGAAGCUCCGUGCCCAGGACCACCUGCUGGGGGAUGUCACGGACACACUCAAGGCCUUCCUGGCCCAGAGCGAGGAUGCACUGCUGACCAAGGAGCUCUACCCCUACUGGGUGUCUGCCCUGGAUGAGGAGGAUGAGGAGUGUCGCGUGCAGAAGUAUUCCACCUUCAUCAGGAGUCUUCCUCAGAUCAACCGCUCCACACUGAAGGCCCUGUUACAGCAUCUUUACAGGAUCCAGAGCUGCUCCCACAUAAACCAGAUGAGCGCGGGGCGCCUGGCUUCCGUCCUCUCGUCCUGCCUGUUCCAGACUGAGGGUCAGCGGGAGCAGGAGUGCCGUGUGGUGGAGGAUCUCAUUAGCAACUACGUGCAGCUCUUCACCGUCAAUGAGGAGCAAGUCAAGCAAAUGGAGAAGGAGAACAGCUUCAUCACCAGGUGGAAGGACUCCACGCAGUUUUCUCCAGCAGGGGACCUAAUCUUUGAAGUUUACCUGGAGAAAAAAGAGCCUGAAACCUGCUGUAUAGUCAAGGUUUCUCCCACAAUGCACUCUGUUGAGCUGGCCAGUUGCACCCUGGGAAUGAAAGGCCUGAAAGGGAUGGACGAGGAGCUGUGGACCACUUACGAAGUUCUUGACAACGGAGAGCUGGAGAGGCCCCUGCACUACAAAGAGAAGAUUCUGGAACAGGUGUUAGAGUGGAGCUCCUUGGAAGACCCCAGCUCUGCAUUUUUGAUUGUCAAGAAGUUUCCGGUUGCCAAACUCCCCCAUGCCCGCGCAGAGAAACUUAAGGACUCAAUGAAAGGGGAGCAGGUGAAGUUCAAAGAUGGCUCUUCCAAGCUGCUCUCCGGCAACAAGUUCCAGGACCGCUACUUAAUGCUCCGAGACAAGAAGCUCGUCCUGUACAAGGACAUGAAAAGCACUAAGCCAGAGAGGGAGGUGCCUUUAAAGUCAGUCAAGUGCUACCUGGGCGUGAGGAGGAAGAUGAAGGCGCCAAGCAGUUGGGGCUUCACAGUGUUUACGGAAAAACAGCAAUGGUAUUUCUGCUGUGACAGUAAGGAGUCUCGGCUGGACUGGGUCACCUGUAUUAUUCGAUCAAAGCAUGGCAGCGACUUUUGGCCCAAAGAUGACGUGGAAUGGGGAGUGUCGUGCCCCUCUGACAUCCGGCAGAGAGCCGUGUCGGCCGUCGGCAGAGGCCCUGUCAAAACCACAAACCCACCAGAGACAAAGAGGAAAGCAUCCCUCAACAUUUAUGGAGGGGACAUGAAACCAAGCAUUGGUCCGAUGGAAACUAUUCACCAGCGCAAUGCUGCUCUCAUAGCACAGUCACUGAAGCAGAAGGAGCUGCCUGGUGUCCCUGACGCAAGACACAAAAUGGCAGACAAGGAAACAAACCAGGCUGACUUAACUACCAACAUGGAGUUUGGUGGAAAAAGCCAGGCCGACUCUGCACAAAAGACAACAGGUGGUGCUAAACCAAACCUGCCUGAGCCAAGAAACAAAAUGGUGCCCAGUGGAGCCAAGCAACCAAACUCUAAACCUCAAAUUCCAGCCGGCGGAGGCCACCACCAGCCGGUGGCCAACCAAAGACCAACCAAAAUGACUGCAGCCAAGGAGAAGCAGCAAGACCCUACUAGAGCUCACUAUUCUCCCAGAGCUCUAUUGCCUUUGGCAGGGGGAGUGCCCCAUGGCUUGGCCCAGCAGAAGAAGGUCCUGCUGGGGACAGCAGGAGGGCAGCUACCCCCCAACCUCCUCAGUGAACUCAGCACUGUCCUCAGCAAAACAGGCCGCAGCCCAAAGGAUGAGAGCUGAAGAGCAGAGGGACUGAGCCAGUGAUUGAGUAAUUCCGUAAAGCAGUGAGGAAGUGAGAUGUUGAGUGAGUGCUGAUAGUUAUCAAACUAUGGAAUUGUGAGAAUGUGAACGUUACCGAAAGCUCUUAAUAUAAUAUGUAUUUUAAUAAUAUUAUGUUAUUUAUAGCCCAUGCUCAAAUUUUAUAUCCGUUGUUUGUUAUAUCCUUUUACCUGAGAUGUGUGUUAGUUGAUCAAACUACAUCACCACAACCCAAGAAUUCUUGAUGCAUGUCUAAGAAUGAUAGACAUAUAGAUGCAUUUUUGGAUGUUAAUAGAAUGGUCAAGAUUUUAAGGGAUAUUGUUUUCUGUGAGCUGUCAUUAUGUGUGUGUGUGUGUGUGUGUGUGUGUGUGUGUGUGUGUGUGUGUGUGUGUGU